AUGCCUCACCAAACCCGACCUCUCAAGAGAGCACCCACCAAACAAAUAAAUAGCAGGCUUUCAAUAACCGAGCCAACCUCAAGCAACAAGAAACGCCAGAAGCAAAAGCUCACCACCAAGCCGCCACCGGCCAAGCGACGCUGCACCAGCUGCCCGGACUGCAAGACGGCGUCGCUCACCACCCUCGACACCCCCUUUGCGCAGGAGGGGAGGCUCAAAGAUGGCCGCGUGAGGCUGCCGGGCUACGUCGCGUGCGCUGCCAGCUGCGGCUAUCUCGGGCAGCGGGUCAGGGACCCCAGGACGGGAAAGUGCGGCGUGGUUGAGGUGCCGGACAGGCUGGCGGAGCGCUGGUGCGCCGUCGAGCUGUGCGUCGCCCUGGGCACGGAGCCGGAACCCGAAGACUACGACGGCUGCUACGUCGGCGAGGUACGAGUGGAGUUCAACGAGAUCGAUUGGGAGGGGUCGGGGCAGCAGCAGCAGCAGCAGUCCAUGGUCGGGGAGGAUUUGGGAUAUAGGCUGUCGGCGGCGGUCUGCGAGAUGCUGGAUGACGCCUUGGAAGGGAGGCUCGAGAUGGGCAUCUUUGGGGAUGGUGGUGCUGGCGCCGAUGAAAAGGAAUUGUUGGAGGAUAUGAGGCCGGUUACUCCGCUCUGGUUUCGGGUGGUUGAUGAUCAGCCAGUGUCGCCUCGAACUGUUCCGGCCGAUUUUGAAAGAAUGGUUCUGAGCUUCAGGGAUGAGACGCCCGAGUCCUCAUCUGGAUCUGAAAUCUCUGAUUGGGACAUUCUUGGCUAG